UCUCGCGCGCGCGCGCUCGUUGCUCGCGCGCGCUGAGGUGUAUGUGCGGCGCGCGCGCGCUCGGACGGCAGGAAGCAUCACUCAGGCCGUUAGCGUCAUCACCGUUACUUUACAACACAUUUUACUAAUUUUCUGAUUAACUGCCGUCUUAUAACGUUUACUUGACUGUUAUUUUUGUCCGUUUUUAUGUACCAUCCGCCUGUUGAUGUGUCACUCGGAGUUGGGAUGGACUUGGGUGUUUUUAUGGAAACAGACCGGCACUUUUUAUUAGCAGGAAAAUAACUUUUAUUCAUUUAGAGCUUAUUUACAAAAAUGAGGGACCGUCUGGCUGAACUGAAAUCUGGGAGGCCCAGCGAUGAGGAAGAUGGAAGUUUUGUGGUUCAUGUGGAUCAAGGCGGCUUUAUGGAGGGCUUUUUCAGAAAGGUGGAGGAGGUCAGGAGCAUCAUUGAUAAGAUUUCCUCGCAGGUGAACGAGGUGAAGAAGAAGCACAGCAUGAUCCUCUCAGCUCCUAACCCUGAUGAAAAGACCAAAGAAGAACUCGAGCAGCUGACGGUCGAAAUCAAGAAAAAUGCCAAUGUGGUGCGGACCAAACUCAAAACUCUGCAGCAGAGCUUGCCUCCCGAGGACCAAGCCAACCGUGCCUCAGUGGACGAGCGCAUCCAGAGAACACAGUACACAGUCUUGUCUCGGAAGUUUGUGGAAGUCAUGACCGAGUACAACAACACGCAGGUCUCCUUCAGAGAGCGCAGCAAGAGCAGGAUCCAGAGACAGCUGGAGAUCACUGGAAGGAGGACCACCAAUGAGGAACUGGAGGACAUGCUGGAGAGCGGGAACCCCUCCAUUUUUACCUCGGAUAUCAUCUUGGACUCGCAGAUCACCCAGCAGGUGCUGAACGAGAUCGAGUCACGGCACAAAGACAUCAUACGGCUCGAGUCCAGCAUCAAAGAGCUCCACGGCAUGUUUGUGGACAUGGCUAUGCUCGUAGAGACGCAGGGUGAGAUGAUCGACAACAUAGAGAACAACGUGAGGAACGCAGUGGAGUACGUAGGCAAAGCUAAUGAGGAGGUGAAGAAAGCUGUGAGGUACCAGAAGAGCGCCCGCCGGAAAUAUAUCAUUCUGGCUGUGAUCGUGCUGGUGAUAAUCGGUGUUCUCGUGCUAAUCAUCGGCCUUUCCGUGGGCCUGUCAUCUAAAUCGUCUAUAACCGCCGCAUCGUCCAUUACUACAUCAACCAAUCCUGCUUAAGCAUGCUUCCUCUACUAACACACUGACUGAUCCGAAAAAUUGUGUAUGUUGCCAUUUGCGGAUCGGUGUGCCUUCUCCUACUGCUCAUCAUUAUCGUCGGAGUGUUUGCUGGUUAGCCACCAAGACUCCAACCAAAGAAGUCCAGAACCUUCAGCGCUAAACUAAAAGCUUCGUAUUUAGCCGUUUUGCUACUACUACGAUUUUUCUAAUCUUAUGGCUCGUGUUUAUAGAGUUUCGAAUGCUGAAGAAGAAAGAUUCCUCAUUUCUCCAGGAGCUGAGAUUUAAUAUUUUCUUACUGUGACGUUUUGUUAUAGACAUUCAUGGCCAGGUUUUUUCUUCCUCUUCCUAUAAAGGGAUGAAAAUAUAAAGCUUUUCAUAACCUCCGGAUUCCUAAAAGGGCUACGUUUACGUUUCCUUGUCAUCACCGUACACCAUUGUUCAUCUAAUGUGAUGCUCAUUAUGGAUUUAGAACAACAUUUUGGCCAAAAAAUAAAAUGAACACAGUGUCCACAAAGGUAGUCGAUCAGCCAAGACAUAUUUGGUGGCCAAAGUUUGCUACGAGCUAAUGAGCUUAUAGCUACCAGUUCCAUAUGAGCAUCAGACAAAGGCCAACGUUUGAAGGUGUAAUUAUAUAGUUUAGUAGAUGAAAAUAUACUUCCAGGUGUGUUAGUAUGGUGUUGGGCCACCACAAGCCACCAGAACAGCUUCAGUGCUCCUUGGUAUCGAUUCUUCAAGUCUCUGGAUCUGUACAGGAGCGAUGAACACCAGUUCUUCCAGAAGAUCUUCCCUCAGUCUGUGUUUCGAUGAGCAUGGUGGAGAGUUCUGUUGCUUUCUAACACGUCGCUCCAAAAUCUCCCUUAGAUCCUCAUUGCUUCGAGAUCUGAUGAGUGUGAAGGCCAUGGCAGAUGAUUUACAUCCUCAUCAAUCCAUUCAGUGAGCCCUUAUGCCCUGUGGAUGUGGGCGGAGUCAUCCUGGGAAAGACCACACCCAUCAGGAAAGAAAUGUGUCAUUAUAGGAUAAAUGUGAUCAGUCAGAAGAACUGCAGAGGUGAUUUGCUUCCCCCUAAGUGAACAAGUGGAGCCAAACCAUGGCAACAAAAAUAAAUAAAUGCCCCCAGACAGCAUAAGAGUCAAAAAGUCCUUUAAUUCGUCACACAUAUUGUUACGAUUGAACUGGUCAACUGAUUUGCCCCUCUAAUAUUUUGCACAGCUGGUGAUGGACGUUUGUCCGUAUCGUUCCAGUUUCUCUGGAAACUUUGUGUAAUUUGCCUUAAAUUUUGUGCAGUUGCUAAACUCCCUUAUUUGCUAACUUCAUUGUCAAUUUAGCUCCACAAAUAUAAAUAACGAAGGAAAUUUCAGACACUUAAACUUGUCUUGGGUGAUUCGCGGCAAGAACGUAUUUAGCCAGAACUAUCAGUUUAAUAUUUUUGGUCUUUUGAUACUACUUUAUCUUCCUAAAAGAAAAGAAACUUAAGAUACUUCUCUCCUAUAAUAAUUCUCUUUAUAAACUCUGUUGAAAUUGCCAGUUUCUUCAUCCUUCAUGAAGUGAAACUCUGGAUUGGUUUGUGAAGCCUUCACUAUUGUGAUUUGUUGCAAAGUCUUGAUCUCGGGUCUGGUUUACAUUUGCAUCACACUCAUGAAGCUGAACCAUAAUUUACUGUUUUUUGCAUCUUCUAUACUCUACAUCCGUUUCAUGAGCUCUGAACUCUGGACUCUCAAUAAGCGUUCACGUGUUUACAUUUUAUUCACUGUUUAACAUGGCCUUGUUUAUAACUUAUUGAUUGAUUGCUGAUCGAUGCCUUUUGCCCUUCAUAUAUGAUGUCAAUAAUAGAUGUGCAUUUUUGUCAUCACUGGUUGUCUUUACGUCAUAUUCAAACUUUAUACGCUAAUAUUUCUGCCUGAGAGUUGCACAGUUGAGUAGUGUUCUUUGCUCCGCAGCACUAUGAUGUGUAACGUCGCUCGCUGCCUUGUGAGGUCUGACCGAAGACCGCAGACGCUGAUGCAAUCCCAAGAAGUGCACUUAAUAUUGUAACACAGAAUACACACAUCAAGUGCACUUAUUAUUCAGCCAAAUGUUAAAAAGCCAGUGAUGGGGGGGAAAAAAAGACUGCUUCGUCACGUCAGUGCCCUUAAUGAUGAGAUAAGUGAUGUAAUGGUGCACAGAUUCACAGCUCACUUUAAACGCUGCCAUGUUGUAUGUGAUUUUCCUUUAUAAUCUGGUGUACACCUCAGAUCAGGAUGGAAAAUAGAAAAAAGAAAAGAUGGCAGUGUUUUUUUUAUGUAAUGUCACUGACUGCUGGGUGUUUCAGGGAUGGAAGGCUGAUAUCAGACCUUUGAACAUGUUUGUUUGUGAGAAUUUGUUGGAUAUACUGAAUGCUCCUAUAGCUAUGUAUGUAAAAGUCAAUUUCUGUGAUUAAAAUGGAAUUGUGCAA